AUGCCACGGGCGCUGUGCCUUCUCCUGGUCGUCCUAGUCUGUCGUUUCCAUCUGCCGCCGCUGCUGAUGAUGGCCGCCGCGGCCACUUUCCCCGGCGUGAUGGCACUGUCAUCAGAUGCUGCACCACAGUCGUCGAACUGCCCUAGCUUGUGCGGCGACGUUGAGAUCCCCUACCCAUUCGGCAUCGGCGACAACUGCUCCUUAUACAACGCGUUCACCAUCACCUGCAACACUAGCUUCAGUCGUCCUCCGAGACCACACUGGGGCGACUUCGAGGUCAUCAGCAUCUCCGUGGAGACGGGCGAGCUGCGCGUCUUCUCCCCCGUCUCCUUCGUCUGCUACGAUAAGUCGUCGUACACCAGCAGCAGCCCCAGCAGAUCGAUCCGCCUCCACUGGCCGUUUCUGAUCUCGACGAGGCGUAACGUGUUCACGGCCAUUGGGUGCAGCACGCAGGCGUUGCUGCUGGGCAGGAAGGGCUACUUCACCGGCUGCACCACCACCUGCCAGAGCCUGGAUCUGGCGGCUGAGGACCGCGCCGAGUGCACGGGACUCGGGUGCUGCCAGGCAGCCAUCUCGGGCAAACUUGAUACGAUGCAGAUCAAUUGGGACCGCCCCAGCUACCUGCCGGACAAUCAAGCGUGGACGUUCAGCCCAUGUAGUUACUUCUUCGUGGCAGAGAAGAGCUGGUACGUCUUCAGGCGACAAGACCUCGUUGGCGUUGGAGAAAAGAGCUUCAGCAGGCGGGUGGGAAAUAGGACUAUUCCUCUGGUACUUGACUGGGCCGUCGGCAACAGGUACUGCAAUGAAUCCGAAACGGCAGAUUCUGCCAAUGAAUCCCAAACGGAAGAUUCUGCCAAUCAAUCCGAAACGGAAGAUUCGGCCAAUGGAUCCCAAACGGAAGAUUCUGCCAAUCAAUCCGAAACGGAAGAUUCGGCCAAUGGAUCCCAAACGGAAGAUUCUGCCAAUCAAUCCGAAACGGAAGAUUCGGCCAAUGGAUCCGAAUACCUAUGUCGCUGGUCCUGCAAUGAUUCCGAAACGGCAGAUUCUGCCUGUGUGAGCACUCACAGCAACUGUGUCAACGCUACACAAGGGCCUGGGUACCUAUGUCGCUGCUCACAGGGAUACAAGGGCAAUCCCUAUAUCACCGACGGAUGCAAAAAUAUUAACGAGUGCCUUAUUUAUAAUCCAUGUGGCACGGGUAGCAUAUGCCACGACACGCCUGGUGGUUACAAGUGCAGAUGCAAAUCCUGGUACAGACCUUCUGGUGCGGGAUGCCAGCGCAUAUUUUCUACCUCUACAGUAUGGAGAAUCAUAGCAACGUGUGUUCUCGCUUUCCUUAUAUAUCUGGGGAUUAGGGAGAUGAAGAAACGAAAGCAGAGGAAUUUUUUCAACAAGAACGGGGGCGAGAUACUGAAGGAUGUGGGCAUUAUCAUAUUCACAGAAAGAGAGCUGAAAAAGAUGACAAACGGCUACAAGAAAAUCAUCGGGGAAGGCGCCUUUGGCAAGGUGUACAUGGGAACAAGAACAACAAUGGGCGGCACCGAACAAGUCGCCAUCAAGUGCUCCUUCGCAAAAAGCAAGCAACUUCGCCAUGAUGAGUUCCGGAACGAGAUCACCUUCCAGUUUAAGAUAGAUCACGCGAACGUGGUCCGCCUCAUUGGGUGCUGCCUCGAGACGAACGUCCCCAAGCUCGUCUUUGAGUUCGUCCCCAACGGAAGCCUCUGCGACCUGCUCCAUGGCGCGAGGCGUCAGGAGCUCCCGCUGCCGGAGCGUCUGCACAUCGCCAUUGGCGCUGCCGAAGCUCUCUCCUACAUGCACUCUCACGGGGACAUGAACUACAUCGAUCCCACGUACAUAAAGACUGGCCGCUUCACGGAGAAGAGCGACGUCUACAGCUUUGGGGUGGUUCUCUUGGAGCUCAUCACGAGGAAGACGGCCAAGUAUGAUGAGAGCAACAGCCUCCCGAUAGACUUCGUCAAGUGCUGCAAGGAGCAAGGGAACGGAAGGGCAAUGUACGACCGAGAGAUUCUUAUGGCUCAUCAUGCUCAGGAAUGCCUCGACGAGAUCGGCGCCCUUGCGGUACAAUGUCUAAAGGAAGAUGUGGAUGAGAGACCGACUAUGGCACAAGUGUUGAAGCAGCUCGAACAAGUGAAGAUGGAGAAGCACGUGUUGCAAAGUACUCAGGGGUUAAGGUUGGAUGCUUCCCUCAUCACUCCAGUGCCCUCCACUGCACCAGCACACUCCCUAAGUCCUUAG